CCCAUCGCCGCCGCGAUGGGGAACACCUGCGCCGGCCCCAGCGCCACCGCAGACCGCCACGGCUUCUUCAACACCGUCUCCGUCGCCAUGCUCUGGCGCCCGGGCGCCGCCCGCGCCGAGCCGGCGAUCCCGCCGCCCGACUCCUGCCCGUCCAUGUCCUCCACCACCUCCUCCUCGCCCCCCUCGCCCGUCACCAUCGCCGACGCCGACCUAUCCCCCACCUCCCGCGCCAACAAGCACAAGGUCAAGCGCGUCCAGAGCGCCGGCCUCCUCGCCGAGUCCGUCCUCAAGCGCGACUCCGCGAAAAUCAAGGACCUCUACACGCUCGGCAAGAAGCUGGGGCAGGGGCAGUUCGGCACCACGUACCAGUGCGUCGACAAGGCCACGGGCAAGGACUUCGCCUGCAAGUCCAUCGCAAAGCGGAAGCUCGUCACCGAGGAGGACGUCGAGGACGUGCGCCGCGAGAUCCAGAUCAUGCACCACCUCGCCGGACACCCCAACGUCAUAUCCAUCGUCGGGGCGUACGAGGACGCAGUCGCUGUGCACCUCGUCAUGGAGCUCUGCGCGGGAGGGGAAUUGUUCGACAGGAUUAUACAGCGGGGGCACUACUCUGAGAAGGCUGCCGCGGAGCUGGCUAGGGUCAUCAUUGGGGUCGUGGAGGCUUGCCAUUCGCUUGGGGUCAUGCACAGAGACCUCAAGCCGGAGAAUUUCUUGUUUGUAAAUCAGAAGGAGGACUCGCUCCUCAAGGCCAUUGAUUUUGGCCUCUCCAUCUUCUUCAAGCCAGGUGAAAUUUAUUCGGAUGUCGUUGGAAGUCCUUAUUAUGUCGCCCCUGAGGUUCUGAUGAAGAACUAUGGUUGCGAAGUGGAUGUUUGGAGUGCCGGAGUAAUAAUUUAUAUUUUAUUGAGUGGGGUUCCUCCAUUUUGGGAUGAAUCUGAGCAAGGGAUAUUUGAGCAAGUUUUGAAAGGUGAUCUUGAUUUUUCAUCCGAGCCCUGGCCCAGUAUCUCAAAGAGCGCAAAGGAUUUGGUUAGGAAAAUGCUGAACCGUGAUCCCGGAAAGAGAUUGACUGCACAUGAAGCUCUUUGUCAUCCUUGGGUUUGUGUUGAUGGAGUUGCUCCUGACAAGCCGCUUGAUUCUGCUGUCUUAACUAGAUUAAAACAAUUUUCAGCAAUGAACAAACUAAAGAAAAUGGCUCUUAGGGUAAUUGCAGAGAAUUUGUCUGAAGAUGAAAUUGCGGGAUUGAAAGAAAUGUUCAAAAUGCUGGACACUGACAAUAGUGGCCAGAUUACGUUGGAGGAACUAAAAACUGGAUUGCGCAGAGUUGGUGCCAACUUAAAAGAGUCAGAAAUUACAACUCUAAUGGAAGCGGCGGAUAUUGAUAAUAGUGGGUCAAUUGAUUAUGGGGAGUUUCUUGCGGCAACUUUGCAUCUGAACAAGGUCGAUAGAGAAGAUAAUCUCUUUGCCGCAUUCUCAUACUUUGAUAAAGAUGGCAGUGGUUACAUUACCCAAGAUGAACUGCAAAAAGCCUGUGAAGAGUUUGGUAUAGCAGAUGCACAUCUUGAAGAAAUUAUCCAAGACAUUGAUCAAGACAAUGAUGGCCGGAUCGACUACAACGAAUUUGUAACAAUGAUGCAGAAGGGAAAUAACCCACUAGGGAAAAAGGGACAAGGGCAGAUGAGCUUUGGUCUUAGGGAAGCAUUGAAGAUACGCUAGUGAUUACCUUUCUUAUCUUUCCACAGUCAUUUGUUUGCUCCAUGUGACCCAGUCAUUUGCUAUGCUAAUGAUAGCGUGGCCUGAAGAACCUGCCCCCAUGAGCCAGACAAUUCUUGUUCCAGCUAACCAACGCAGGGUAGGAUUACUAUACUCUGAAGUCAACCAAAGGAGUGCUCUGAUGGAGUGAGCAAAGAGAUAUGCUAGAUGGUUGUGCCUUUUUUUCUUCGAUCAGAAUGGACCACCCUGCUUGUAGAAUGCAUGUAUCUUGUUUGGGCAUUCUUAGCAAAUGGAGUGAGCAGCCUGGAUUUGGGGGAACUACAUGUGAGCCUGAAUUAGAGUACACCCAGUGUUUUGUUUGGUGACAGUGUGACUAAAUAUACAUAUGUAUAGAAAAAAUAAAGAUAAUUAGUGAAGCUCUUUGUAUGUCCAUCGAUCACACUAAGAUGACGGAUGCAAAUGUGUAGUAACUGAAUCCGAAUGGAAGAUAGAAGCUGGUGUUUUUGUCU